AUGUAUGAAUCAUGGGGUGUUGAUUUUGUGAAACUUGACUGCGUGUUUGGAGAUCAUUACAAUGUGGAUGAAAUAACUGCUGUAUCAGAGAUUAUAAAUGGGUCUCCUAGACCAAUAGUCCUUUCGGUGUCACCUGGAGCAACUACAACGACAGAAAUGGGUACUGAUGUCUCUUUAAUGGUUAACAUGUAUCGAGUAACUCCCAAUAACAAGGAUCAAUGGGGAAUCUUGAAAAAUCAAUUUGAUAUAGCAAGGGAUUUCGCUGCUGUUGGAUUAAUAGGACUAGAAGGCUUGUUGGGUAAUACAUGGCCUGAUUUGGAUGUUUUACCAUUUGGGUGGCUAGCAGUUCCAGAUUCCAAGGAUGGUGCACAAAGGAGAUCUAAUCUUACAGCGACAGAGGAAAGAACAGAGAUGACUCUGUGGAGUAUGGCAAAAUCUCCACUAAUGAUUGGUGGAGACCUGACGAAGCUUGAUUUCAGGACAUUUCUUCUUCUCACAAAUCCUACACUUCUAGAGAUUAACUCUCACAGCUCAAACAAUAUGGAGUAUCAUAGUGAUGCUGCCGGAGUUCGCAGUUGGAUUGCAACAGGAAGAAAUGGAGAGAUCUACGUGGCAUUAUUCAACUUAAAAGACGGGCCCAUCGAUAUAAAUUUGAACGUGUCUUAUAUUGGCACUGUGAUUCCUGAGAAGCAUUUCAGCAAUUGCAAUGGCAGUGAUUUGUGGAAUUCAAGGAACACAAUAGUAAAUGGAGGGUCCAAAGCACGUUUGGGAGGACAUUCAUGUGCACUGUUUGUUCUCAGUUGUAGCUAA